CAGGGCGGGAACUGGGACUGGGAGGUGCUGCAGACUGCACAGCACAGUGCACACACAGCUUCCUGCUCUGCAGCAUGCUGGUGUGCUUACCUCUGUAGCUGCCCAGAGAUCUGACUGCAGUGCUCUCACACAGCCUUCAGCUCUGCUGUCAUACUCCUCAUAUUAAUAUGGUGCAGGAAUUCCAAGUCCUCAGAUGUUUUUCCUGUCAGACCUUUCAAGUGCACCAGGUUAGAAAGAGCCAGAAAUGGGCGUGCAAGCUGUGUGGGGAAAAGCAGUCACUGCUGAAGGUUUAUGGUCGAGGCUCCGGAGCAGACUGCAGGCGCCAUGUGCAGAAGUUGAACCUGCUUCAGGGGGAGGUGGGGCAGGCGGCUAGUUGCCCCGAUGAGCGGAAUGUGCAAAAUGCAAUCUCGGAUAGUGACAAUUGUGAUGACACACAGGGAGGAAUGGGGGCUUCACAGGAAGCAAGCGCCGUAAGCCGGUGGAAUAAAUAUCUGGAGGAAAACAGGGACAGCGCGUGUGAAGAGGGAGAGAGCCUGAGUGACGCUGGCCAAGAUGUGUUACUUUCUCGAGAGGAAAAUCCAUCAACUAUCAGGAAACGUAAAACGAGUUUACAGUACGGCUGUGGUUUCGAAAGUCCGCAUGGCGAAGGAGUGGAUGCAAACAGGUCAAAGAAAAACAGGAUCUGUGAGCCAAGAGACGCUCUACACUUCUUAGGGGCUGAUGAGUAUGAAGCGCAGCAAAGAGAAAACUCGGGUGUAUCUGCACCAGGCGCCAGUCAGCCAUACAGCAGGAGAACAGAGGACAUAGGUUCUUCUAAGUGUCGUGGAAAGCCAGUAUCGCACACAUUACCUGUUGUGGUCCAGUCCUGCACUGAAUCUAGAUGGGAGAGGUUUCUUCCCAGCAAAGAGCCAGAGGAAGAGCACAUCUCCAGUACGCCCAGUUUCCAGAAUAGGGAACCAGAAGUAGACAUUGAUUUAAAUCAAACUCCCCCUUAUAAGAAAGCCGGGCAGGGAUGGUUAUCUGCCAUUGAGCAGGGGAAUCAGCCUAUUGGGCCAGAUAUGUUGCCUGGUCAUCCUUUAGCGGAUCAUCAGACAGACCAUAGCCCUAAAGCUGGGGCUUCUAGCUCACUCCCGAAACCCCUCACUCUGUUCCACACAGAUGACGACUUUGAUGAUGACUAUUAAUACCAAUAGCAGCCUAAGCUCUGCUUCUAGAGACAGCGCACCAACUGCCUACACACAAUGAGAACGCGGCCUGACAAUGCAGAGACCUAAUGAUAUCACUGAGGCACAAAGCAGUGGUCCUGGUUCUUCGGGACCUGCAUUAUCUCUUCACCUCGUGCACUAACAGCAGAGAGAUAGAACUUGUGUAUAUAUUACUUUAUCUAUGGUCUUUGUUUACAAAUUCAUGUACAGCUGGGUAUUGUACAGGUGCAGUCCCAUGUAUGGAUUCUGGGGCAGAUUUAUUAAACCUGGUGAAGUGAUAUAGUGGAAGGUGAUAACGCACCGGCCAAUCAGCUUUUGGAUGCCAUGUUUCAAGCUGGGCUUGAAAAUGACAGUUAGGAGCCGACUUGCUGGUGCGUUAUCACCUACCACUUUAUCACUUCACCAGGCUUAAUAAAUCUGCCCCACAGUUUUACUGUACAGAUACAUGUUACAAGAGGUUUAUUCAGAGUUAAAAACAAAGUUCAGAUGAAAAAUCAAAUGUAUAUGAUAAUUCAGGUUAGACCAGAACACUGGAAAGCAGUCAAAAUAGCAUGGGCCUGAAAGUAGUUUAAAUAAAGAAAUCCGAUUGUUUUACCAUG